AUGAUCGCGAAGAAUCAAGUCACUAAUGUCAAGGCCGAGCGUGCUAUCAUGAUGUGGCAGGGCGAGAGUGACUUCGUGGCUAAGCUGUAUUGGACCUUUUCAAGCAAAGAAUAUCUCUAUCUGGUAAUGGAGUAUCUGAAUGGCGGUGACUGUGCCUCCCUUGUCAAAAUCCUUGGCGGUCUCCCCGAAGAUUGGGCGAAGAAGUACAUCGCGGAAGUGGUCCUUGGUGUUGAGCACCUUCAUAACCGCGGAAUUGUCCACCGUGACCUUAAACCAGACAACCUUCUGAUUGAUCAGACAGGGCAUUUGAAACUAACAGACUUUGGUCUUUCCCGGAUGGGAUUAGUUGGCCGACAGAAGCGAGUUCUGAAAGACCCGAACGAGUCUGCCCCGGACUUGCUCAAGCAGGGCCCAUUCCCCCGUGCCAUAUCUAUUGCAUCAUCUCGAUCAGCAUCGUUUGACUUCCAGGCAGGCUCUCCUGGAUCUACCCCGUUGAUCACACCUGAGCCUGGAACCAGCGUGGGCCAGCCUUCUUAUUUCAGUCUUAACCAAAGUGGUUUGAACCAAAGCAAUCUGAACCAAGCUGGACUCAGUCGACAAAGCUCUCGCCGUGCAUCGGGUUAUCGCAGUGACAGUGCUGGGAGCGACAGUUUUAACGGAAUGUUCAGAGGCUUUUCUCUCAACGAGCCUCUCAACGAACCCUCGGCACAUUCACCAAGUAUUCUGUCCAGUAAUUUGGCAGAAGAUGACGCGCCGAGCGAGGUGGACGAUUCUCCCCAGCUCUAUCCGCUACAACCCACAUUCAGCAAUCCCCUGCUCCACAAUACACCCCCACAGCAGAGCAUGCUGCCUCCUGUGAUGGCUCUUUUCGACCCUGAAGAUCAUGACCGACGAUUCGUCGGAACGCCCGAUUACCUGGCUCCCGAAACCAUCAAUGGCGUUGGACAGGAUGAGAUUAGCGAUUGGUGGUCUCUGGGCUGCAUCAUGUUCGAGUUCAUCUUUGGAUACCCGCCCUUCAAUGCUGACACCCCGGACGAGGUGUUCGAGAAUAUCCUGCACCGGAGGAUCAACUGGCCAGAAGAUCCCGAGGAGUACACCUCUGCAGAGUCUCUAGAUUUGAUGAACAAGCUCAUGACUCUAAACCCGCGCGAACGGAUUGGAGCCAAUGCUGAGGAAAAGUUUCCCAACGGCGGUGCAGAGAUUCGUGCUCAUCCUUGGUUCAACGAUAUUCACUGGGGCACAUUGUUGGAAGACAAAGCAGAAUUUGUUCCUAACUUGGAAAAUCCCGAGGACACCGAAUACUUCGAUGCCCGCGGCGCGACCCUCCAGGCUUUCGCAGAGGAAAUGGAAGACCAACCUUCUCCACAAAUGCCAGCCACAGCCGAGACGGAUCGACCUCACGAUGCGUUGUUCAAGGCCCGCUCACAGGUGAAUUCCAUGAAGCGCCCCUUGAUGCCUCUCCAUAUCCCCCCGCAUGUGCGAGACGCCCGUGACUCGCGCAGCCGGAGACUCAGUGAGCCCUCGCUAGCCGACGAUUUUGGCAGCUUCAACUUCAAGAAUCUGCCCAUGCUCGAAAAGGCCAACAAAGAUGUGAUACAGAAGAUGCGACAAGAAGCGAUGCAGGCCCAGCACCGUCAAUCCAAUUCGUCCUCGGCUGCACAGACGCCUUUGACCAAUUCUCAGCCUUCGCUGGAUGGAAGUCCCUUGCCCAUGUCGCUUCACCGUACAAUGUCUCAAAACAAGAAUAAUAACCGGCCUUCUUCGCCAUCGAGUUUGAGCCAGGCCAACUCUUCUCCCAGCCGGCCCUCGCAGCCAUCCUCGCCACUGCUGGUCCAGUUCAGCACCGGUCAUAACCACGAGCGUCGCAAAACAUCGGGCUCUUCCUCGACCGCAUCACACCAGUCAAGCGGUACCUUCCAACCAUCAUCGGCAGAGCAGAGCCGCAUGCCGAACUUGAGACUAGGCUCGGUCGCCUCUUCUCCCGUGAAAGCUAGUCGCAUGCCAGCUCAUUCUCCUGACAAGCACCCCUCCUCUUCGAGUCAGCGACAUGGAAGUGCCCCCGCAAGCCGAGCCAGAUCGCAAACCAUUGGAUCCCAAGAUGGCGGUGAACUGUCUUCCUCCCUCAGCAGAGAAUCCUUUGUGCCUUCCCAUCACAAGCGACGCAGUCAAUUAUUUGACAUCUCCCCUUCAUCUUCGGACAAUGAAGAUCCUCGCACCAAAGCUUUGCUGAAAGUCCAGCGCCGGAGGCAGAGCUCACGACGAAUGUCGCAAUUCAAUUUGACCGAGGGUCCAUUUUUCCGUCCUCUGGAUAUUCUGAUCUGCGAGGAUCACCCUGUUUCACGGUUGGUGAUGGAGCGUCUCUUUGAAAAGCUGCGCUGCCGAACCAUCACGGUUGCCAAUGGAGCCGAGGCCGUGCGCUAUGCUCUGAGUGAAGUUCAGUUCGAUAUUAUCAUGACCGAGUACAAGUUGCCUCAAGUCAAUGGUGCAGACUUUGCACGCAUGGUCCGUGAAACGCGCAGCGCAAACAGACAUACCCCUAUUAUCGCUGUGACCGGUUACUUAAAGGAUCUACCUGAGACACAUAACUUUGAUGCGCUCAUCCAGAAACCGCCUACACUUUCCAAGCUUACCGAGGCUCUGAUUAAGUGGUGCAUGUGGAAGCCACCACCCAAGGAUUACAACCCAUCGCAAACGUCCCUCCCCGUGCCAAUGCCGAGUACUCGACCCAGCACGCAUCCGACCGAUGACAGCCCUAGCUCGGCAUCAUCUGGCUUCGCGCCCAAUCCUCCCAGUUCCUACCGGGGAUCGAGUCGGGAUGACUCGGUGACCAGCAGUGUAUUUGGUGAUAUGGAGUCGAUCAAACCAGACGACAUCCCUGUCAUCAUCAGCCGUAAUCAUGACGACUGGGAGCAGGGAAGCGGCGGCGGCUUAGGGAUCUCCGAAGAUGCCCACCCUGGCAGCCCGGACCCCAAGGCGAUACCUGUUCCCCAACUACUGCAUACUGCCAGUGCACCGGCCGCUAUGGACGGAACCGGUACACUCACGCCACGGAAACAGCGCUCUAGUGAAGCCAUUCGUGCGAAGCGGGAGUCUUUGGAGCGCAAGAAGUACGAAGGUGCAGAGUCCGGCGACGACGAGGACGAAGAGCUUGGCAACGCCCAAUCUCGCCGCAGUCCACCAAGUCGUAACCGUCGGCCGGGCUCUAAGCUGGGCAUUGAGAUGAUGCGCACCAACAGUCGAGGCAGUGUGGUCAGCGGCAGUGAAGAGCUCCUUAAGAAGGAACGCGAAGCCCUACGCCGACAAAGUGGAGAGUUUGCAAGCGGUAGUGACGACGGCUCUCUCGGCUCCCCUGCCAGCACGAGUCUGGAGGAACGCUUCGAGGGGAUGAGUAUACCCGAGGAGUCGGAAGUUGAUGAACAAGUCGGUCCUCGUAAUUCACUCCCGAAUGCGUCGGUCUCGUCCCUUGGGUCAAACCAGAGCCGUCCAUCUCUCGGACAUCGCGAUACCUCUAUCUAUUCCGGGCCGACCUCCCACCCUUCUGUGUCGAAGGCUAGUUCAGAGAGUUUGCCCCAGGGCCAAACUACGCCUCCCUGGGGAGAAGCUGGCCGAGGCCGAGGCCCCAUCACGCCGGAGGUGAAGACAACGAGCAGUCUACUCUCUGCCGAGUUCAGCUCAGGCUCAGGCUCUGGAGUUGACGACACUGAUUAUACUGAGACGCCGGAUGCCGAAGCUACACCCCGUCCUCUACACCCAUCUCCAAACCCGGAUUCCGACCAGACACCACGACCAAGUCAGAGCUAUCGUACCGAUCUGUCCACCUCUCAGAGAUAG